ACAGCAAUGGAAGCUAAGGUAAAUCUAGAGGAAAGACUGCGUGAAUUGUGUUGUAUUGGCGAUGAAAUUAAUGUAAAAGCACUUGUCCAGAAAGGAGUCAACAUAAAUGCAGCGAACGCGAUGAACGGAUGGACGCCCCUACAUUGGGCGGCGAAAAGAGGACAUUUGAGUAUUGUGAAAUAUCUCGUUCAGGAGGGAGUUAAUGCGGCAGCGCUCACAUAUAAAGGGGAAACUGCUGCUAAACUUUCCAAUGACAGUGGUAUUAGAAAACUGCUUGGAGAAAGCGAUGGUACCGAAUCAAGCCAAGCCAGUGAAUCUUUACCUAUCGUACCAAAUUAUCUUCGAAAUCCGGAGUUUUUCUACGCCGAAAAAGUCACUUUUGGGAAAGAGGAUCCCAGAUUUAGACAGCAGGAGACUACUAUUUCAAACACGUGGAAGCACGAAUCUUCGACUGAUACAAACGCUUCGGUUUAUUCAAAUUGUUAUGCUGCCCACUCGGAGAAGGAAAUUGUCGUUAAGUUGCGAGUUGCCGAUUCAGAGGAGAAAGACUUUAUAGAAGUUGAUCUCGACAAAAGUAAUCUAACAUUUCGAUUUCUUGUGACAAUUUUCUGCCAAGAACUGGGCAUCGAGGCUAACAAUAUUAAGAAAAUUAGAAAAUUGCCAAACACUAUAGUUAGAAAUGACAAAGAUGUGAAAAGAUUGGUUCCAUUUCAAGAACUGGAGGUAGUGAUAAAGGAAAAUGUGAGCUGAAAUAUAUUUUUUCUUUAUGGGAGUAGAAAUGUUGGCCAGGCGUACAUCUCACCAUUCUUGAAAGAUAUUGUGAACAUUGAAACAUUGAUUUGUUUGAUUAAAUAAUAAUCGCUAUUUUUUCUGUGUUUAAUUUCCCACCCAAAAUGUGAAUGUAAAAUUUCCUUUCCUCCUCUUCUGGAAGGGUAGAAGUAAGGGAGAAGGGAUGACAGAGCUGGGAGGGGGGGGGAGCUUAAAAUUCCCCUCCUUUGCAAGGAAAACAUUUUAUUCCCAU